AGCCAGAAAGCGAUCUAUACUUUUGUUCGAUUGACGUGCCACGUCACUGUUUCAUCCCCUUUCUCCUUCUUCAAAUCUCUGCUUCUUCUUCAAUUGCUAAAACUUGUAUCUUUCGCAAGCCUUUCAGGACGAAAUUCCUCGUAUCUUUGCAUUUCUCUGCAAGUCUGAGCUGAAGCACUUCGACCAUGCCCCUUUUCAGUUACAUCGAUGAGAACGAACAACUCAGAGGUCCAUUUGAAGGAGUGCAGAUGCACUAUUGGUAUCUAAAAGGCUAUCUACCAUCAACGUUACACAUCUUUGUUCAUUAUGGACUAUAUGGGCGAUCAACUACAUUAGAAGAGCUGAGAGAAAGAAACGGUGACUUGAACCCGUUCUUUGAGGUUGUAACUUUGAGACGAGGCAACCCUUCCGAACCAUUGUCGUCCAAUUCAGGCUCUCAUUCCUCGCUGUUAUAUGGCCUCGAAAAUGUAAGAAAAACAAGAGAGUUAUCUGCGAAGGAACCGAUGAACGAAUGCAACAGAAACUAUGAAGCUGGCGCGAGCAAGGUGGAUUACGGCAAGCAAUUUUACUGUGAUUUGUGCGACGUGACAAUGCCUCGUACACUCAUGUUUGAGCAUUGCACCACUAAAGCGCAUUCUGGCAAGUGUGUGGUAGAGGCUCUAGAUGUGCUUGAAGAGAUGAGGCUGUACAAUGAAUCCGACGAGGGCGGAGCUACAGAGGCUACUUCCAAUAGACUGUGCACGAAAUCGGCGAAAUUAUCGAGGGAUCAUCUUUCUUCUAUGAACGGAAGAGAUAGAGCAUUUUCUUGGAGCAUGGAUGAUGGCAUUUUUGAAGAAUUUUCUGAAAAAAGAAAAUCCAUGCAACGUCGACUUUCGUUAUCAAAAACUGGAAAAGAACGUUAUUACGAUUAUCGCAAAGAGUGUGCUUUGAUGUGAUUCUAUAUCUCAUACUAAGUCUGCUCAUUCAUGCUAUAUUACUCACGAUGAUCUUUGACCAUGUAUGUAAGAAUACAUCUGGCUAGAACUUGAGAAUUGAGUCCCACAUGGAGAUUGUCUAAUAUACUUUUUUGUCCGAUUUUUUAUGAGGC